UAAGACAGGAGAGUGAAAAUGGAUUUUUAUGACCCUCAGAUGCUGGGUGUCGUGGUCUUCGGUGGAUUCAUGCUGGUCUCGGCUAUUGGAAUAUUCCUGGUGUCCACCUUUUCCAUGAAAGAGACAUCUUACGAAGAAGCCUUGGCGAAACAGCGUAAGGAGCUGGAGAAAGCCAGCCAGCAGAAGGUGGAGAAGAAAAAGAAAGAAAAACCUAUUGAGAAAAAAGGAAAGGCCAAAAAAAAGGAUGAGAAACCCAACGGAAGACUACCUGAGCUGGAUCAAGAUCCGGCUGCUCCUGUUAGUUCUAAUGAUAUGAAUCCUGAACCAACUCCAGAUGUUGAGCCAACCGUCUUUGAGUCCCCUGUUAUAGUGCUUUCAGCUCCUCCUCUGGAGAAGGAGAAGCCCACCUUGUCCCCUGGAGACAAAAAAAAGAAGGAAAAGAAAGGAGCAAAGACAGAGCAGGCUGCCAGCCCGGCAGUUUCUUCUCUGCCAACUGCUGUCUCUCAAGCUCUGGUUUCUGAAGUGAUUCCCAAGGAGGAGCCAGUAGUUGCUGUUCCACCAGUUGGGGCUCAACAAACGCCUCCGUUUACGAAUUCUGAGAUAGUCAAAAAGCAGGAAGUGCCUCAAAACCAGGAGGAACUGAAACAAGAUACAAGUUUGAAAAAGAAGUCCGUUGCCAAAAAGAAAAGAGAAUCAAUGACAGCUGAUGCUGAUUGUGAGCUUUACCUUCCAUACAAGACUUUGGCCUCUACAAUUAAAAGCAUGGUGUUUGGUGAAGGUGAGGCCCAGCAACUGAUAGAAAUUCUGUCAGAGAAGGCAGGAGGACCUCAGGACAUAUGGCACAUGGCAACUCAGAAAAGCGACCCUGUUGUUGUUCUGAAGCGACAGCUAGAAGAGAAAGAGAAGCAACUUGUAAUGGAACAGGAAAACGCUACUGCUGCGAAAACUAAACUGAGGGAGCUUUCAAAGGAAGUUGCUGCUGAGAAGGCAAAGGCCCUCCUUGUUGAGAACAAGCUGAAGGAGCAGCUCUUGGCCCAUGAGCAGGAGAUAGCUGCCGUGCAGAACCGCAUGCAGGCGAGUUACCAGGAUCACGUAACUGAGACCCAGCAGUUACAAGGAAAGAUUCGGACGCUUCAAGAACAGCUGGAGAAUGGCCCAAAUACCCAGCUGGCUCGCUUGCAGCAAGAAAAUUCCAUCCUCAGAGACGCUUUAAACCAAGCCACGAGCCAGACAGAGAGCAAGCAAAACACCGAACUGGCCAAACUGCGUCAAGAGUGUAGCAAACUAAGCAAAGAGCUGACGGAAAAUGCGGAGAUGCUACAGCAGGCAGAGGAGCAGAAAAAGGCCCUGGAGACGAGAGUUGCUGCCUACGAAGGUCAAAUCUUCCAGCUCCAGGUGUCCCAGAAAGAACAGGAGUCUCCCCUGCAAAAGAGGUUGGAGGAGGUCAGCGAGGAUCUUUGCAAGUCCCAGGUCAACUGCAGAAACUUGCAAGCAGAGCUGGACAAGACGAAAGAGCAGCAGUCAAAUCUUUCAGAACUUCAGUCUCAGCUGCUGAGCUCCAAAACAGAGCUGAAGAACAAACUGGAGGAUUUGAGCUGUUUGGAGGGGAAACUGUCGGAAGCUACCGCCAAGAACGUGCAGUUUGUGGAGAGGGUCCAGCUGUUGGAAGCUCUCCUGGAGACAAGCCGGACGAGAGACGCAGAGAAAGACCAAGAGGUAGCGAACCAAACAGAAAACAGCCUGCUGCAGUUGAGAUUCCAGGAAUCAGUGGCACAAAUCUCCACGCUAGAGAAAGAAGCUGCAGAACUGAACAAUACAGUCGAACAACUGAAAAUAAAAAACAAUGACCUGCGAGAGAAGAAUUAUGAAGCCAUGGAAGCUGUGACUUCAGUGGAGAAAGCAUACCAAGAGAAACUGCUCUCAUCAAUUGGAGCAAAUGAAGUGCUGGAACAGCAGCUUGGAGUGAUUCAGGUGCAAACAAAGCAGGUCCUCUUAUCUCUCUUCCCCCAGGUCACGUCAGAUGUAGAACAGGCUUAUGAUGAAUGGCUGCAGCAGUUUAAGGAAAAGGCUUCGGAAACAUUGCAGCAGAAGAGUACAGUAACAGAAUCCGAUCUGGAGCUUUCAUUACGAGAAUCAGAUGAGGCCCGGCACACCCUGCAAGCAGAAUGUGAUCAGUAUAGGACCAUUCUUGCAGAGACGGAAAGGAUGCUCAAGGACUUGCAGAAGAGCGUGGAGGAGGAGGAGCAGGUGUGGAAAGCCAAGCUGACUGCAUCUGAAGAGGCACUUCAAAAGUCCCAGAACCAAAUGAAGUGCCUUGAAGAGGAUGUGGAGAAGUUCAAGGUGGAACUCCAGAACACAAGCAAGUUAAAAGAGUACACAUCCCUUUUGGAAGCACAGCUGGAAAAUCAUUUGGUGACGGCCAACUCAGAAAGUCAAACUUACACCAAAAAAGUGGAAGAGUUAGAACAGUUCUUAUCUGAAUCUCGAGAACAGCUGAAUGCAGCAAGAGCAGAAGCUCUCAGACAAAGCCAGGAGUUUGCACAGUUAAAAGCCCAGCUGGACCAAACAGAAGCAAAUUUGCACAAUGAACGUGUUCUGAGGGAGACCUUGGCAGCGCAGCUUGAGGAAGCUCAGAAUUCACUGCGCAGUCUGCAAACAGAACUUGAGAAGCUGAGACCUGAAGGGAACCUGACUGCCUCUGCAACAGAGGACGUUGUGCAACUGCAGGAAAGACUGGAAAAGGAGAAGAAGUUGUCGAAGGACCUGGGAUGCGCAGCAACCAAAUUAAAAGAGCUUUUGCAAGCCACCCAAGGGCAGCUGGCCAAGGAGAGGGAAACAGUAGCGAGAUUGCAAGAGCAGCUUCAAGGAAGGGGAGAAAAUGAGGAUAGUGCGAAGGAAGGAACAUCUGUUUGAUGAAUUCAAAACCCAGGAGAUGCUAUUCACCGUACAAAAUGCCUUACACAUUCCUAAACUAUACACAAUUUGCUGUAGACAAAGAAAAAAGACAUUAGUGACUCAAAUUGUAUUUUCAUAUCUUUAAAGGAAUAAAGGUACAUUCUGCUGCAA